AGUAGCAAGUGGUGCGGCAAGCUGGGUGUGGCUGUUGAAUGGUGCUCAGGCCUCUUGCCUCUCUCUGAAUUUUUUGCCUUGUGGUGCUCCCCUUCUGUACUUUGGAAUCUUGCUUCAACUGAAAACAAAGGGGCCCUAACAGUUGUGCAGGGAGAUGUCUCUGCCCUCAGUGUACCAGCAGAAAUUUGCAGAGAAGCUGACGAUCCUCAAUGAGAGGGGCAAAGGAGUCCUCAUUCGCAUGUACAAUAUCAGGAAGACAUGCUUAGAACCUCAGGCCAAGCCAGCCUUCUUGACCGAGAAGAGCAUGGAGUCCUCCAUCAAAUAUAUCUACAAGAAGUUCCCAAACUUGGACAUACGGAGUGGCACGCAACACUUGGGGCCAGUACACAAAGAGAAAGCAGAUAUUUUCCGGGCUCUUACUGCCUAUUACCAAACCUUUGUGGAUGUAAUGGAAUUCCGGGACCACGUCUAUGAAUUGUUAAAUACCAUUGAUGCCAGCCAGUGCUACUUCGACAUUCAUGUGAAUUAUGACUUCACUAAGAAUUACCUUGACCUGAUUGUUACCUAUGCAUCUGUCAUCUUACUCCUUUCCCGUAUUGAUGAUCGUAAAAUCCUGGUUGGUUUGUACCACUGUACCCAUGAGAUGAUCCAUGGAAAUAGUGAUGCCAGUUUCCCUCGGCUGGGACAGAUGAUCCUGGAGUAUGAGCAUCCCUUGCGCAAGCUGAUGGAAGAGUUUGGACCACAUACCAAGGCCGUGAGCAGUGCACUUCUUUCGCUGCACUUCCUCUUUGCUCGUCGAAACCAAUCAGCUGAUCAGUGGCGAAGUGACCAGCUCUUCAGUUUGAUCAGCAACCCGGCAGGCAUGCUAGCUCCUGCCAGUUCAGACACGAUGGCCUGUGAAUACCUUUCCCUGGAAGUUCUUGAGCGUUGGAUUGUGAUUGGUUUCUUGCUGUGCCACAGCUGCUUGGGCUCUACACCAACCUGCCUGGAUCUGUGGCGGGCAGCUCUCCGUAGUUCACUCUACAUCACUCUGAUACGGGAUGAAGUGCUUCUUAUUCACAAGGUGACGGAGGAGGCCUUCAGCAGUGUCAAAGGCUAUGGGAAGCGUGUGGCUGACAUCAAAGACUGUAAAGAGCAUGCUCUAACACAGAGUGGGCAGCUGCAUCGCGGCCGGCGUGCUUUCCUGAGGAAUGCUGUGCGGGAGAUGGAGGCCAUCCUGGCCAAUGAACCAGGGCUGUUGGGGCCAAAGGCUAUUUAUGUCUUCAUGGCCUUGUCUUUCUGCCGUGAUGAGGUCACUUGGCUUUGCCGACACAGCGAGCAUGUCAGCAAGGGCAAGAACCUGGAGGAAUUCACUGACAGCUACCUGGCUGAACUGCUCUUUCUGAUGAGGAAAAUCUGUAAUUUGAUCCGCAAGCACCAAAAAGUCCUCCAGCGCUAUCAUGCACAGUACUUGUCACACUUUGAUGCCCAGGUGCUCAGCAGUGCCAUCCAGGACCUGACUGUGUGCCCAGAAGAGGAGUCUGUGAUUAUGUCAUCCUUUGUGAGCUCACUCUCAUCCAUAACUAUCAAGCAAGUUGAAGAGAAGAAGAAAUUUGAUUUCAAUGCACUUCGGCUGGAUUGGUUUAGGCUGCAGGCAUAUACCAGUGUCAUGAAGGCCCCGUUGCAGCUGCGAGAAAACCACGACAUCGCCAAGGUGAUGAACCUCAUCAUCUUUCACACUAAGAUGCUGGAUUCCGUGGAAGAGCUGAUUGUGGAGACAUCAGACCUCUCUGUAUUCUGUUUCUACGUGCGUCUCCUGGAGAAGUUAUUUGCAUCCACCAUGGAGGAACCGUCUAUGUUGCGCUAUGCCAUUGUGUUCCCACUUCUGACAGCCGAUUUCAGCCAUGCCUCCAACCCUUUGUGCCCUGAAGAGCUCCCUCACCUGCGGAACCGUGCCUUGGGACUGUGCAACAACUUCCUGGAAGAGAUUGCUCGACUUGCUUGCACAUACAUCCUGGAUGCUUCUGCUGAGCAUUGCAAAUUGAGCGAGCAGCUCUUGCCCAAGCACUGUGCUGCCACCAUCAGCAAGGCCCGGAGCAAGAGAGCCCCCAAAGCAUCGGCCAAGAAAGCAGAGCCAGAGAGGGAUAAGCCUGGGGCCGAGAGCCACCGGAGGGACCGCUCGCUGGUCACCACCCUGGACAAGCUGCACCUGACACUUACUGAGCUUUGCUGGACCCUGAACCAAACAGCCAGCUUUGUUGUCUUUGAGCACACUGUGACUCCGGUGGAAUACCUCAACAGCCAGCUGGAGAUCCGCCUCGGCAGAUCCUUGGUGCGGCUGGCGAAGCUAAACCCGAGCUCUCCGGAGUUAAGCCGCCCCUCGGAAGUGCUGGCAGGUGUGCAAGCCUAUGCCACUUCCUUGCUGUCACUGAUGCACCGUGUGGGGAUGGAUGUCGGGCGCCUGCUCCGUGGCGUGCUCCUGCAGCAGACCCAGCCGCUGGAUGUGAACGGCGAACAGACCCUCACCACACUCUACACCAAUUGGUACCUGGAAUCGCUCUUGCGCCAGGCCAGCAUGGGCUCCAUCAUCCUGUCGCCAGCAAUGCAAGCCUUUGUCAGUAUACCCAAGGAAGGGGAGCAAACCUUCAGUGCAGAAGAGUUUUCUGAUGUCUCAGAGAUGCGAGCACUGGCUGAGCUGCUUGGGCCCUACGGAAUGAAGUUCCUAAGUGACAACCUCAUGUGGCAUAUUACCUCGCAGAUGCUGGAAUUGAAGAAACUAGUGAUGGAGAAUAUGGAUGUACUCGUUCAGAUUCGAUCUAACUUCUCUUCUCCAGAGCAGAUGGCAACUCUACUGCCCCGUCUAACAGCGACAGAAAAUGUAUUGAAGAGGAUGACCAUCAUUGGAGAGAUUCUGUGGUUCCGGACCAUGGCCCAGGAGGGCCUUAGAGAGGUCUUCACUAGCCGUUGCCCUUUCCUGAUGGGCCCCAUUGAGUGCCUGAAGGAAUUUGUCCACCCUGACAUGGACAUAAAGGUGACCCUGAGCAUCUUCGAACUAGCCACAGCUGCAGGGGUGCAUUGCGACAUCGACCCAGCCCUGGUGUCUGCCCUUGCCAACCUGAAGAAAGACAGCUCUUCCCCAGAGGAGGACUACAAGGCUGCCUGUCUGCUGAUGGUCUUUGUAGCCGUGUCCCUGCCACUCCUGGCCAUGGACGUGUCUUCAGUUUACAGCACUGACACAGAUGGCCACAGCAACAAUAUCCAUUGUCUAGCCAAAGCCAUCAUCCAGGUGUCGGCUGCGCUUUUUACUAUCUACAACAAGAACAUUGAGACUCACCUGAAGGAAUUUCUGAUGCUGGCCUCUGCUAGCCUCUUGCAGCUGGGGCAAGAAGUUGAUAGGAUGAAAGCUAAGAACAGGGACUCCGUCUCACUACUCAUACAUAUGCUUGUGGAGGAGUCGUCCUUCUUGACCACUGACAUGCUGGAGACCUGCUUCCCUUACGUGCUGCUGCGCAACGCUUACCACGAGGUCUCCAGAAGCUCAGCCCUGAGCCGCCUCCCUACACACUGACGACCUUUCCCUUCCCCUUUUGCCCAAAGGAGCGUGAAGGGUAGCUGCCCAUCAGCACGUAAAUGCAGACCUCUCUGAGGGAGGCCAGGCAGAGCACAGGGCAGACAGUAUAAGCAUCUCCUUUGUGUACCUUAGUUUGCUGUCUAAUGGCAGUAGCUGUUCUCUCAAAAAGCAAAUGGCUUUGCCUUGGCAAGAAUAACCUCUUGUUCACAAAGCUGGGUGGUGCUCAGCCACAUCCUAAUUUAUAUAACAUGCCCAGCAUGGUUGUCAGAUCCUCUUAGGGUAUAUAUUAGCAAUGGCCACAGGCGCUGCGCUUUAAAAACCAGCCAUGAUUGGGCAGCCUUAGGAUCCUGUCCACCUAGGCGCUGCCCAGUGAGAUCACCAUUGAUUUACCCUUUAAGAUGCAGUUUCAUGCAUAUUCAGAUAGAAAAAACACCCUAUUAUUCCCAAGCAUGCUGGAUGGAGAAUGCUGGGAGUUAGAAGACAUUUGUCUAAACAUGCAUAGGCUUGCACCCUUGUUCCCCAACCAACCUACAAAAGCAAAGAUUAUAUAUAUAAAGACGUUUGCACAUAUUCUUCCCAUCUCUCUUUCCCAUUCUUCCCAUCUUUCUGCCCUCCCCUGUCAAAAUUUAGGUGGUAAGUUACUUAGUGUAGGAACUUAGCUUCUCUUAAGCUUUGCUUUUAAUGUGACUCUACAAAUAAAGUGCCAGGAAUGCCAUCAAGCACUAGAGAAGGAAUCAAAAGCAAUGACAAUUACUCUUAGCAACAAAACACCACCCAAAACACCCAUAUAAUUUCAUAAUCAAUACAUAUGUCAGAGUUUUAGGCAGAUUUUACUGUAAUGUCUUUCCUUUGGGAAAAAAAAAAUCUAGAAAUUGUGUACCUGCAAGAAAGCUAGGAGAGAGUCUGGUUUUUUUCUGUUGUGUGCACAAUUGUUUUUAAUCUGUGCAACCUUCAGUAGCUACAAGGUGAGAAAAGGGCCAGCCCAGAGGGGGGUGGGUAAGUGCAGCUGAUAAAUGAAGUGUGUGUGGGGGGAGGGGGGCUUACACUGUUGUCCUUCUGAACCUAUCAUGGGUGUGUGUCGGGGGUCAGCAUUUACUGCCUAAACCACUCUGGGGGCUUGUGUAACCUAGAAUUGUAGAUAUUUGAAGGGACCUCUAAUGUAACCUGAUUCCUUCAGGCAACCAUAAACUAUAGUCCAAGCUUAAA